AUGCUGAAGGAAUGGAAGGAAGACUUCAACCUAAAAAGAGAUAUGCUGAGAACUCUUCCACUUUGGGUAAAACUUCAAAAAUUGCCUCUUCAUCUAUGGGGAGCGAAGGGUUUGAGUAAGAUUGGAAGUGCAAUUGGAGUUCCUCUUGUAACUGAUGAAUGCACCGCUAAUAAAUUGAGGGUAUCUUAUGCUCGAAUCUUGAUUGAAGUUGAUGUUACCAAGGAGAUGGUGAAAGAGAUAGCAAUCAAGGAUUGUGAAGGGAGGAAAUUGAUGCAACCAGUUGAAUACGAAUGGAAAUCUCUCUACUGUGAGAGAUGCCAAUGCAUAGGGCAUAAGUGCAAAGAUUAUGUGAAGAAACAAUGGAAGCCUAAAGCCAAACCCCCAGAUACAAUUGCAAGUAAUUCUGAUCAAGUCAAAAAUGUUGAAGUGGAUCACAGGAAACAAGAGGAAGAGCUUGAGAUUGCAAGUAAGCCUGAGGACAAUGCUUGGAUAACAGUUAGCUCCACUAUCAAAGAUAAAGGCAAAAUAAAAGAGAUUAGUUCCCGUCUCAAAUCUAUAAAGCCUAACAUUUUGAUCUUGAUUGAAACUAGAGUUAAGGCUACUAAAGCUAGUAAGAUUAGAGAUAGGCUCAAUCUAUAUGAUAAUUACCUGGAUAACUACCAAAAUCAUGAGAAUGGUAGAAUCUGGAUCUCUUGGAAUGAUAGGAAUAUAUAUAUUAAAUAUGUUCAUAGUUCUGACCAGUAUAUUUAUUAUGGAGUCUUUGACUUGAUGGGUGAUUUCAAAUUUUGGCUGACUGCUAUAUAUGGUAAAAAUCAUAUGGAUAUCAUAAAGAUGAUACCUAAUGCUCCAGACCCUUGGUGCCUAGUAGGUGAUUAUAAUAAUGCUGCUAGUGCCCAGGAUAGGAUUGGAGGCAGAAUGGUCAUGGAAUCUGAAUAUAGUGACUUGCAGGACAUGAUGUUAAAAGCCGGGCUCAGUGAGAUGGAUAGUUGUGGUGACUACUUCACCCGGUGUAAUAGACAUACUUUGGAUCCUAUUCAUUCUAGGAUUGAUAGUCUCAUUGGUAAUGUGGAUUGGUUCAAUAAGUAUAGUGACUUAACUCUGAAAAUCUUGCCCCCAAGUGUUUCUGACCAUGCCCUGUUGCUGUUGAUAGAUAACAAUCAGAUCAAAAGAACUAGCAGAUUUAAGUUUUAUAAUUGUAUCACAGAGUUACCAUGGUAUGGGGAGGUUGUAAGUAAUAGCUAG